AAACCGAAGCCUUGGCUCAACCCGAACCCCAGAUUUGUCUGGCGCAUGGGCGCAUAACCUACUAAGUCUGCUUAACCAUCAUGCGCUACCAACGCGAUACUAGCAGACCGCUCUGCUUCGCGGAACCCGGGAUCGCAGAAGCAACCGAACCCUGCCCCCUGGCCAGCAGCGUCGCAGCGAGCUCUGGGAUCGCGCUUCGGCGCCGAACACGAGGUUUUCUCCACGCGGAGAUGAGACCCCGUUUCGGAAUCGCGCAGGAGGCGCGACGACACGACCUCAAUCGUAUAAAGACGGCGUCACAAAACCGCUUUCCGCAGCGAUGCGCGCCAAUCCGUCAUCUCCCGGCCGGCGGCAAGACCAGCAGCUGUUCACAUUAGCCUCCUCGCCAUGCGGUGCACCCGGAUUCUCCUGGCGGCAGCCAGCCUCGCCGCGACGGUCGACGCGCACGCCUACGUCCCGAAGGGCAUCCGCGCGAGGGCGUCCUCGCCGCUCGAGGUGACCCUGGCUCCCGCGGCAGGCGGUGGCGUCGCCGAGCUCGUCGCGACCAUCAAGAACGUCGGCGGCGAGGACCUCAACCUGCUGAAGGUCGGCACCAUCCUCGACGACGUCCUGCCGAUCCAGAAGGUGUCCAUAGUAGACGAAGCCGGCGUCGAGGCGCAGUUCCAGGGAAUCGAGGCCAGCCUGCGGCACGACGCCCUUAAACCCGAGCACUUCGUCCUGGUGAAGGCGUCCGGGUCCGUCAGCACCACCAUCCGCGCAGCCCCCGUCCACGAAUUCCCGCACUCAGGGACGUACACGUUCUCGGCGGCGGGGCUGCUGCCGGUCGCGCGGCCGGGGUCGACCACGCUAGUAGGCCCAGCGCUUGAGUUCCAGUCGAACCAGGUGCAGCUCGCGGUGUCAGCAGCGGCAGCGGCAGCGGUGCCGCGAGCGCUACAACCCGCGGACGGCGCGGCGGCGGCGGGGCUCGAGGCGCGGACGAACCUGCAGCCGGGGUGCAGCGCGGAGCGGACGGCAGCGACAGAAGCAGCGCUAGCAGAUUGCGCGCAGCUAGCGGCGGCGGCGGCGGCGGAGGCGGCGGACGCGUCGUCGGCGCGGUUCGUCGAGUACUUCGGGACGAACGAGACGGCGGCGCGGGCGGAGGUGGCGACGCGGCUGGAGCGCGCGGCGGCGGAGUGCGGUACGACGGACGCGGGCGUCUCGCGCUUCUACUGCUUCGACUACUACGGAAUCUGCGAGCUCGAGGGCCCGCUCAACGCGUACACGCUGUGGAGCUUCGACACCGUCGUCGCCUGCCCCCUCUUCUUCGAGGCCCUGCCCGCCCUGCCCCCCGCCUGCCACCGCCAGUGCCGCGCCACCACCGCCGUCCACGAGAUGACCCACUGCGAGGGCCUCUACAGCCCCCACACCAACGACUGGGCCUACGGCUACAACGAGAGCGUCGCCCUGCCCCCCGACCGCGCCCUCAUGAACGCCGACAACUAUUCCCUCUUCGCGAACGCUGUGUAUCUGGAUUGUUGAUGAUCUGAUGGGCGUUGCGGCGGGAGAAAAUCUGGCUUUUGUUCGGAUAGUACGAGCUGAUGAUUUGAGUCUUGGCGUCGUCUCUAGGGGCAGGUAUCGGCUGAUGGUGAGUGUAUGACGACAUGUAAUGUAGCAAUGUCGGCGAUAUAUGGCUUGGUAACGUAGGCAGGUGUGUAAAUACUACACGUAGUUGUGGAUACCAUGCCCUAGGUGUGGUGGCUUGCCUUCACUUGGUUCUACAUCAGAGUUAGAUGCCAGGUUUGAUGGAUGAAUUUGUGUAGGUGUAGUAGGUAUUAGAAUCGUUGAGGUGUAUAAUUAUUGACAGGUACGCCAUCAACACACUAAUACUAGAGGCGUAGACGUG